AUGGAUUCCUACAACGACAUCCUGAGCAUCGUAGUGGACUUGGGUUUUGAGAAUACAAAAAUAGGCUACGCAGGGGAUGACAACCCAACGAAUAUAUUUAGCUCAAAUGUGGGGGUUCCACUUGAUCUGGAAGAUAAAAUAAAAAAUGAAAUUUAUAAAAAAUGCCUUUGCACCAAGGGAGAGUUUUACCAAUUCAACCUUAUUUACCCCCUGUGCUAUUUGGAGGCUCUGGAAGAUGCCAAGGUGAAGCCCUGUCUCUACCUGGACAAUAAGAACCACUUUGACAUGAACGAAGAUGUGUUCGAAAAAAUUCUCUUUAUGAAUGUGAACGGGGGUCGGUGUGUGAACCAGCUGUUGCAGAAGAGGAUUAAGAUGUUCAUAGGAAACAAGCUGCACAAGCAGAGCGAUAUGGCCAGCGAGUUCGUCGACCAGGGUGAUGUAGUAGUAGGAGACGCUGUGGAUGCUGCGGGGGCCCCGCACAGUGUUGACGAACACGAAUUAGGCUCCGACUCGGGGGGGUGGCUCCCGAACGAGCAAGGGGGUGCGGAAUGUACCGAUGUGACCUCCGAAAACGACUCCACAUCGACGGAGCUAAAAACACUGAAAGAGUGGGCGGAGGAAAACAACUACUUUGAUAUUAACCUAAUUGAAAACAAGCUCAUAGAUGUAAAUGGCAUAAGGAGCAUGCUACACAAUCACAACCAUCUCUCUUGUGGGCUCAAUGAGGAGAUGGAAAAAUUCCCCUACCUCUUUUCCCUCCCCAACAAAAGAAACCAAAAGAUAAAGGCAAAAAUAUCGGAGCUGUUAUUCGAAAAGUACAAAGUGCCCGCCUUGUACUUUAACUCCAAAUCUGUAUUAACCGGAUUUGCCUACAACAAAAAUAUUUGCUCUGUAAUAGACGUAGGGUCUUGCUACACGGACUUCUCCCUCUGUAAUGAAGGAAGUAUAGAAGAUAACAAUUAUAAAAUUUACAAUCUAGGGGGUUCUACGGUAGAUUACUUUUUGGAACAACUGCUAGAAAAACACAACAAAGAAUAUUGCAUCCCGUAUUAUGAAGUUUAUAAAAAAAAAAAUGGACACACUCCUAAUUAUAAUAAAGACAGGGUUCAUGAGGACUACUACAACAAAGCUAAGUAUAUUCCUCUGAAGGAUUUAAAAAGUUACUUAUGUGAAGUAGCUCAUAGCGAAAAUGAAAUUCAAGACGCCAAAAAUAUGAAUUUCAAGGAUGAUGUUGAUGCAGCAUACAUUUUGCCUGAUGGGCAAAAUAUUAACAUUACCAAAUUUAAUAACAUUGCUUGUGAAAUAUUUUUUACUCCCUCUUUAUUAAGUAAUACAAAGUUGAAUCAUCAUUUGAACAAUUUAUUUUUCAGCGAUGAACAAUUUGAAGGAGUCGCCACCACACUCUUUAAUAUGCUUAAUGGGAACAACGUGAAGCAGAAGGAAGAGUUGCUACGAAACGUCAUUUUAACUGGCUCCUCAACCUUGUUUGAUAAUUUUAAUCUAAGGUUUAUUAAAGAGUUCAACCAACUGGACUUGCUCAACAACUCCAAUUUACAAAACUUCCAGGUGCUCAGCCACGGCAAGUACGACAAGCAGUAUUCUUCUUGGAAGGGUGGCAGCAUCCUGUCUUCCUUCAAAAACUUCAACUCCUUUUUUGUUACGCGCCGGGAGUAUGAGGAGUUCGGCAUGGACAUCGUCCACCGAAAGUGCUAG